AUGGACUACCGCCUGGAGGGUGUGCAAGGCCUGCCGCCGACUUCGUCCGUGCGCGACGCGGUCUUCGAUGCGAAGGCCGCAGUCCGCUUCCUCGUGAGGCACGCGGCCAGCUACGGCGUGGACCCCGAUCGCAUCGCGGCCUGGGGGACCUCUGCAGGCGCAAUCAUUGCCGCUACUAUGAACUCCGUGCCCGAGGAGGGCCACAGCGGAAGCUCUGGAUACUCGUCUAACGUCACUGCAUCCGUGGGCAUCUCUGGCACCCUGUGGCCGUUUUUGCUGGCUGGGGGUGGCGAUCGCCGCGAACAAGCUGCGAGCACGCCCUGGCUCGACGUGCACGGCGACCGAGACCUUCUUGUGCCGUCAUUCUUGGCGCCGAUGACGUACCUCUUCCGCCGCGCCUGGGGCGCGCCUGCCGCAGCGAACCGCCUGCUCUGGGUGCCGGGCGGGGGGCACGAGCCCUGGACGCAGCCGGCGCGGCCCGGGGAGCAGGAGCCGCGGGCGCUCAUGCGGCCGCACAUCCAGGCGUUCCUGGUGCAGUGGCUGGGGCUGGCGGGAAAGUCGUGCCCAUGGCACGCCGGGAGGCAAAUUCGCGGUGGCGGCCUGCUUCACUAG